AUGCCAACAUCUCUAUCGAUAAGUAAAAAAAUUCCAAGCGUUUCCCCAAAGCUAUUUGCCACUGUGCCACAUCCUGCUUGGUUUGAAGCGCCAUUCCCUUUGGUGAGUCACCCUCUAUCAAGAGGUCCAGCCACCGCCACAAAAAGACUUGGAGGCUUUGAAAGAACGACGAUUAUAUGUUCCCUUUCAUUUGAUUCUUGGGUCUUUUCAACCAAAAUCAUAGGAUUAUAUUUCAAUUUGGAUUCCAGUUCAUGA